CUAAUGAAUUAGUAAAUAUGGAUACUCUGGCUGGCCUUGAUGUUCUUAAUACCCCAUUAAUGAUUCUCUUUACAAAUACAUUUAUUAGAAGCUUGCCUCUUGUAGUGAUACUUACAUUAGAUGAAACUGCUUAUACUUUUUUAGAAGCUUUAAAUGCUUUAAAAUCUGUAAUGCCAUUAACAAUAUUUAAUAAACAUGGACCUAGAGUUGGGCCUGAAGUUAUUAUGAUAGAUGAUUGCAAAGCAGAAAGAUUUGCAUUACAUAAUAUCUAG